AUGACUGAAUUUAAGUGUCCCAUUUGUAAUGAACAAAUGAUUAAUUUAUCACAAUUAAAUCAACAUAUUGAUGAUUUACAUAAUGAUAAUCAAAUGAAUAAUACUUCAAUUAUAAAUUCACAUGAUAAUCUAACUUCAACCUCAAAUAAUAGUGAAAACGAUAAGAACAAAUCACCAAAACCAAUAUCCAAAUCACCUAGUUAUCGAAGAACAACACCUGUUAAAAAAAUCAAUAAACUUGCAUUCACAGAGCAAGGGUUUAGUAUAGGAGAUACAAAUAGUAGAGAUUCAAGUCCAGAACCAAUUUCUAAUUUUUCAUCUACAAAUUCAAAUAAAAAUUCAACUUCAUCAACAAACAAUAGUGGUAAUCAUUCUAAUGAAAUAUCUCGUAAACAUUGGAAACAUGCUCAACUGCAAUCACAAUUAAAAUGUAAAAUAUGUUCAAUAAAAUUAAAUGUUAAAAAUGGUAUAGUUAAUUGUAGAAAAUGUGGAGAAUUAUAUUGUAAUGAACAUACUCAUUAUCAAAUAAAAUUAAGAAAUCCAAAUCCUGAUGAUCCAACGGAAAAAUUACCACAAUUUGAUUCAUCAUCAAAUGGUAAAUUAAGUAGAUGUUGUCAAUUAUGUUUUAUGGAAAAAAUGCAAGCAGAAGUAAAUGUUGUUGAUUUAACUAAAGAAUUUAAAUCUAAAAGACAAAUUCAAAUUGAUUCCAAUCAAUUACAUCGAACCAAAAUUCAAAGAAAUUUUAUAAAAUUAAUUAAUUUAAUGAUUGAUAAAAGAUUUACAAAACAACCUUCCAAACAAAAUUCAUCAUCAUUUAUACAAACUACAUCAAAAUUCAUAUCAAUUUUUCAAAUAGAUGAUGAUGAAAAAGAUCUUGUUGGAAAUAAUUGGAAAAAUGAUUCAAUAAUAACAAAUUGUACAAUAUGUUUUACAAAAUUUAAUUUUAUUAUAAGAAAACAUCAUUGUAGAUUAUGUGGUGAAAUAGUUUGUGAUGAUAGUAAUGGAGUUCGUAAAAAUUGUUCAAUGUAUGUUCCAAUUAUGGCAUUUAUGGAAAAAUUACCAAAUUUAAAUUAUUCUACAAGGGUUAAAGAUAAUUGGAGCAAUAUAGAUGAUGAUUUAAGAUUUAGAUGUUGUGUUAAUUGUAAAAAUGCAAUAUUAUAUGAUUGGAAAAAGCAAAAUGGAUCAACAACAACCAUAGAAGUUGGAGAAGAUUUAUCUGUUUUCACAAUGUAUGAAGGUUUAUUUUUACAAAAGCAACAAAUUUUAAAACUCAUAAAGAAAUAUGAAGAAGGUUCUAUAAAAACAGAUCAAACUAAAAAUUUAAAUACUAAACAACAAGAAGAUAAUCUUAAAAUUGGUCAUAAAUUAAUGUUACACUUAAAAGAGUUUGAAAUAUCACUAUUAAAUUUUAAAAAAAAAUUCUUUACAAUGGAAGAUAAUAAAAUUAUAGUACGUGACGAGUAUCAGCUAAGAUAUAAUAAAAUUUUAAUGAAUAUUUAUCAAAGUAUUGCAACUUUUUUACAAGAAAAUAUUAUAAAAUAUAGAGAUAUUAAUGAAUUACAAAAUUCUUUAAUAAAACAAAAUUUAGCUAAUGAGUCAGCUACAAAUGAUAAAGAUUCUUCAGUUUCAAUAGAAUCUAGUCCCUUGCCUAGACUCACUAAAAAGCAAAUUAGAGAACUCCGGGAACAAUUGAUGGUAUUAAAUGAACAAAAAUUCCUAGUUGAAAAAACUAUUGAUGAAUUUACAAAAAAUAGAAAAUUUGAUGAAUUGACUUCAUUAAUAGAUAAUAAAAAUGAAAUUGUUCAAACUAUAAAUAAUUUAGAAGAAGAAUUAGGAGAAUUUGGAUUUUAA